GACCGAGUGAGUGAGUCCCAACUCCCAAGUAACAUCAUCUCAUCAUCAACAACAAACAUGGCCUUAAUAGCGAGAGCGCCGAAUACAGAGAUGAAUGUUGAAAAUGAACCUCUAAAUUGCAUUCCAUUGACUUCAAAUUCAACUCACAAACAAUUCCAGAUUCUGCUGCAGUCACCACCGCAGUCACCGUUCAAGCUUCCCGAUGAUUGGUUGGUUGAGCACCGACCCCGUUUUUCUAACCCCAACCAGGUUGACAAGUAUUACAUAGAGCCACAGACUGGACACAAGUUCCGUUCUUUGGUAUCUGUUCAGAGAUAUCUAAAUGGAGAAACAAGAAACUAUCUUCCUAUCGAGAGAACGAUAUCAGAAAACAAAGACACUAUUGUGCUGCGGUCACCACAAUCACCGUUCAAGCUUCCUGAUGAUUGGGUGGUUGAGCAUCGACCCCGUGUGUCUAAACCCAACUGCGUUGACAGGGUUGACAGGUAUUACAUAGAGCCACACACUGGAGUGAAGUUCCGUUCGUUGGUAUCUGUUCAGAGAUAUCUAAAUGAAGAAACAAGAGAUGAUCUUCGUACUGAGAGAAUGAUAUCAGAAAAUAAAAACACGACUUUCAUCAAGUCUAGGACUGCACAAAAGUGUCUUUCUCCUAGUGAUUUUGAGGCACGAAAGUUUCUUUAUGCGAAAGAUUUUGAGGGACGUUUAACGGGAGAAAAUGCCUGUAGAGCAACACCGAAGUUAGUUUCCAAAUUUGGCUCUGGAAAGCGAAGUGCUCCUAGUAUGAAUAGUUACGAAAACCCUGUCGAAAAAAGCUUUUCGGUUGCAGAAGAUCAAGCGACUCUAAAACCUUCUAUUCAAUCUACGCAUUCUGAAAAUUUUGAUUCUCAGAAGAAAAUCAAAACGGGGGAAGACGACAGAGGUUCCAUCCAUAACUUAACAAGACCACCAACAAAAGUAAGCUGGGUUUUGUCUGGUCCUGGCGGCUUCUGGAACCCUUUCCUAGAUGAUUCUAUUAUAGCAGCAUCUGAAAAGGCAGAAUGGUCCAAAGCAUUUUCAAUAUCGAUCAAUGAAGGAGUUACUAACUAAUAGCUAAGGUGUUCUUGAACCAAGUUAAAUCCAUUUUCAUGUAAUUUGACGCCUUUAGAAGCACUGAUAUCACCUGUUACUUGAUUCCAUACAACUUUGCAGGAUUCACGUUGGAGAUGACAGGACAUAUUAGCAACUACGUGCUGGUAAUAUGUAGCUUAGAUUGUAGAUGUGAUCAUCUAGGUUACUAAUAGUUAAUCGAUACAUAUAUAAAGAUAUAAUUCUAGGAAUAAUGUUUUCUUUUUGGGUUGCACCUUCAAGAACCUUAUAAGGCGAUAGGCAGAAUAGUGAACAAUUGAAGUUUCAACAUCACUGUCAAGCUUAUAUGUAUAGCUUCGUCGAAAAAACUUUUGUACAGAUAACUAUCAUGGUUUUGGUGUAUAUAUCUCAUGCUGUUAUGCUUAAAAUAUAAAUGUAGUUAAAGUAACUUGUUA